GGGCGAGUGGCUCGUGUCACAGCUGCCGGGCUUGGCAAGCGAAGGGCGGCUGGCACCGUCUUGCCUCCCCUCUGGUCUCCCUCUUCAGAUGCCGGAGGAGACGGUGGCGAUGUUAAAAUCUGACAAGGCUGAUAUCAAUAUUCUGAUACCCGCUUACCUGGGAGUAAGCCCCACUGGACUCAGUUGGACACACUUCUAAAUAGACAUCCGUAGGAUUCCAUCCGUAGGAUUCCAUCCGUAGUGUGGGAAGUAGCCCUGUGCAAGCGUACCUGGGAAUGAAUUUUGCUGAACACGAGGCUUUCUUCUGAGUAAAUAUGUAUAGGACUGCACCGCAAUGCUGUGGUGUUGCGUAUGCUUACCAGGGAGUUUGAAGAAGAUACUGAGGAGGCUGGAGGAGGCCCAGAUGGUGGACAGGGAAAAAGGAAAAGACUGUUCUCCAAGGAAUUAAGGUGUAUGAUGUAUGGAUUUGGAGAUGACCAGAACCCUUACACAGAGUCCGUGGAUAUUCUUGAAGAUUUGGUUAUAGAAUUCAUCACAGAAAUGACCCACAAAGCAAUGUCUAUUGGACGGCAAGGUCGAGUACAGGUUGAAGAUAUUGUCUUCUUGAUCCGUAAAGACCCACGGAAGUUUGCCCGUGUGAAAGACUUGCUAACAAUGAAUGAAGAACUGAAACGGGCCAGAAAGGCAUUUGAUGAAGCAAACUAUGGAUCUUGAGGCUUUUUGCAAUAUGGAUACGUGGCACAUGCAGCAGGACAAUGUUUCAUUUUUCUGACUUGCCCCUCCCAGGAAAUAUAUUUAUUCUUCUGCAUUCUAUUUGCUUAGUGUGGAAGCUCAAAGUCUUGGCAAGAUGCAGUUUAUUUCCCGUGCUCAUAAUACACCAUUUGUACUUUUUCUGUUGAAGAUUUAAAAUGGUUUACACCCAUUUUAGAAGGGAAAAUUAUAACUUGAAUACAUCAAAUCCAUCUUUAACUUUGAGCAAUUCAUGAUGACUUGUUUGGCUUUUUGGUUUGUAAAGUAACUAGGGUCCCGAGAACCACAUCAGUUAGCUUCAUUUGCUUAUGAAUCCUUGAUGGAAUAUUCUGUGUAACUUUAUUCUUUAUACACAAUUAUAUAUAAUUUACAUAUUUAGAAAGUUAAUAUAAAUCAGGCCGCCCACUAUGAUACUUCAUGUUCAAAUGCAAAAUACUUUUCACUAUUCUGAGAGUUUAGGAUCUGUGACAUUUCUGACCAUGUAUGUGUACCAUGGGUUACACACAAUGGGAUACAUUAAAAUUUAUGGCAUUAAAGGUUA